GUAGUAGCUAACGAACUCCAAAAUACACAUGCACUGCACUUAUUCUCUCUUCCAAGCCCUUUUUCAUUCAUUCUCUCUUCACUCUCACGAAACUGCGUUGUUCUCUUUCAUUCACGUCACAAGAACAACAACUUGUGUUCUCUGUUUCUGCUCUGCGUGAAAAACAGAGUCCCCUGUUUGGUGCCUAUCGCAAUGAAGUAUAUACGGAGCAACAGCUUGAAGAGGCUUUUCUCGUUUGGAAAACGCGGGUUUGGGGAAGAAAACAAUGUUGGGUUGGUGGCUCCUUCAUGUGAAGAGCACCCUCUAAGACCCUCUUGGAAAUGCUUCUCCUUUGAAGAGUUGUUCGAUGCCACCAAUGGUUUUAGCUCAGGGAAUUUGGUUGGGAGAGGAGGGUAUGCAGAGGUUUAUAAGGGAACGUUGCGUGGUGGUGAGGAAGUUGCGGUGAAGAGGCUCACCAGAACUUCAACUGAUGAGAGAAAGGAGAAGGAGUUUCUGAUAGAGAUUGGCACAAUUGGUCACGCGCGCCAUGCCAACGUGUUGCCUCUUCUGGGGUGUUGCAUUGACAAUGGACUUUACCUCGUUUUUGAGCUAUCCACCGUCGGUUCUGUUGCUUCUGUUAUUCAUGAUGAGAACUUGCCUCCUUUAGAUUGGAGGACAAGGUACAAGAUAGCUCUUGGGACCGCACGUGGUCUUCACUACUUGCACAAAGGCUGCAAGAGGAGGAUAAUUCAUAGGGACAUCAAGGCCUCAAACGUUUUGUUAACAGCAGAUUUUGAACCAAAGAUAUCUGAUUUUGGACUAGCAAGGUGGCUUCCAUCUCAGUGGACUCACCACUCAAUAGCCCCAAUAGAAGGGACAUUUGGGCAUUUGGCACCAGAGUACUACAUGCAUGGAGUUGUGGAUGAGAAGACAGAUGUAUUUGCCUUUGGUGUGUUCUUGCUUGAAAUCCUCUCUGGAAGGAAACCAGUGGAUGGAUCUCACCAAAGCGUGCACAGCUGGGCUAAACCAAUACUAAACAAAGGGGAGAUAGAAAAAGUGGUAGAUCCAAGGCUUGGAGGGGCUUAUGAUGUGACACAGUUUAAUAGAGUAGCCUUUGCUGCCUCCCUGUGCAUUCGGGCAUCUGCAACUUGCAGACCUACCAUGAGUGAGGUAUCUCAAACACAUUUGUUGCUUAACUUUCCUAUCACUUUCACUUUCCUCAAAUCUUAUGUAAAGCUUCAUUUUAAUCCUAAAACUAUAUUCUCUUUUGUUUCUCGUCAAUGGAAAUUUAUCAGAGGAUGUUUGCAUUCAG